GACAGUGUUUACAUUUAGAGCCCCGCACCCACCCACUGUUCCACUCUAUAUCCAACACCUAUCCCACCACCCACCUUCUAGUUCCUCUUUCCACACGCACUUCCCCACCUCCAAUCCCAUCUGCUACCGCCCUUCUCUCAUCGGCCGCCGCUCGGCCCGACAUCCCCGCCCCUCCGUGUGUGCCUGUGACUCAGCUCAAACUAUCCCAUCCUCUGUAACGUAUUGUGUAGGAGUGGCCACGGCCCUUAAUAAAUACUCCAACUGGUUCUGAAUGGGAUAAACAGGUUAAAUCCGUCCUUAAGAAAGACAAAGAGUAAGAGCGACUGAAAGAGAAAGAACAUGGCAGGAAAGGCAUGCAACGUUCUGAUCACAGGAGCCAAUCGUGGCCUGGGGCUGGAGAUGGUCAAACAGCUGGCGGAGAUGUCCUGUCCCGGCCGGAAGAUUUUUGCUGGCUGCCGUGAUCCCAGCGCUCCCAAAUCACAGAGUCUACAGGAGCUGGCAAAGAAGCACCCUGGAGUCAUUCAUGUUAUUCGCCUCGACACCACCGAUCCAUGCAGCGUUAAGGAGUCUGCCAAGCAGGUGAGUUUGGUCCUGGGGAAGAAUGGACUCAACCUGCUGGUGAACAACGCUGGGGUGCUUUUCCACAGCAACAUGCAGACCACCGGAGCCAAGGAGAUGCAGGACUCCUUCAACACCAACGUCGUGGGAACCAUGAUGGUCACCAAGGAGUUCCUGCCGUAUCUGCGUGUGGCCGCCAAGAGCAGUGGAAAAUCAGGGAUGUCCUGCAGCAAGGCAGCUGUGGUCAACAUCUCCACAAUAUUGGGCUCCAUGACAACCGUUUCUGACAUGUACUCCUUCUUCCCUGGCAUUUCAUACCGCAUUAGCAAGGCCGGUCUGAACAUGCUGACUGUCUGUAACGCAGUGGAAUUCAAGGAGGACGGGAUCCUGUUUGCGCUCCUACACCCAGGAUGGGUGCGCACUGACAUGGGGGGAGAAGGGGGGGAAAUUGAGGCCCCUGAGAGUGUCAUUGGUAUGCUGCAAGUUAUGGAUUCCCUGACUGAGAAGCAGAACGGAGCUUUUCUGGGCUACAACGGAAAACCAGUGUCCUGGUAAAAAUGAAGAAGGGGUGAUCAUUGUGUUCCAGCGCAUUAUGUGACAUAAUUUAUCUGUCUGGUUACCAUCUAACUCAGGCAUCUUAUGCAAUCAAAUGUUUUUUUAAAAGAUCCAUGAAUACUUGAGUUUUUUUUUCAUAAUACUAUAUGUUUGGCCUUGUGUUGCAUAUUCUAAACAAUAGUAAAUGCAAUUAAUAAAGUUAGAUACAAAUG